AUGGAGCAAUUCCUUGAAGAGAUUGAAGAGCCAGUGAGUCCUCAUGGACAAUACUUCAACAGCUCUGUGAUCUGUUCAUAUAUCUUUGGCUUUCUGGAAUUAGCCAUUCCAUUUGAUGUCUCACUAGCUAUACCUUUGAUCAAAGAUGUUUUCAUCCCUAUCAAUCCACGUUUCUCCUCUAUUAUGGUAAGACACGAAGAUGGUAAGAUGAUAUGGCAAAAAGUUGAAGUGAAUCCUGAGGAGCAUGUAAAGAUUCCGAAAUUUCCUGAAACCACAAAGUCAUCACCAAUUGAAUUAUAUGACAAUCAUCUUAGUGACUACGUAACAAGUAUUCUAAUUGAAAGAACACCGGAAGACAAACCACUUUGGGAAAUACAUAUUAUAAAUUAUCCAACAACAAAUGCAGCUAGCACCAUAAUAUUCCAACUUCAUCAUGCUAUUGGGGAUGGUUACUCUCUCAUGGCUGCUCUUUUUUCCUGUCUUCAAAGAGCUGAUGAUCCUUCUCUUCCUCUCUCUUUUCCUUCCCGAAUACCAUUAGAUCCAAAAUGUGAAGAUAAAAGCUUAUUUAAGAAGCUAUGGUUUGGUGUAAAUGCCUUUUUUAGCUCCAUAUCAGAUUUUGGAUCAAGCAUAAUCAAGACAAGAAUGAUAGCAGAUGACAUAACACCUAUAAGAUCAGGACAUGAAGGAAUUGAUUCUCAGCCUGCUAUCUUGUCAAACAUAUCAUUAUCUCUUGAUCAAAUCAAAGAAAUCAAAUCUAAACUUGGAGUGACAAUAAACGAUGUGAUUUGUGGGAUGAUCUUCUACGGACUUAGGCUAUACAUGGAGGAGAUGAACGAGAAGACAAAAAGAGCAAAUUCCACAGCAGUUGUAAUGCUGAACACAAGAAAUAUUAAAGGCUAUCAAUCAUUGAAGGAAAUGCAAAAACCAGAAUCCAAAGGUCUUUGGGGGAAUAAGUUAUCUUUCUUACAAAUACCAAUACCUAAGCCAAACAAAUCAGGAAUUUGCAACCCUCUUGAGUAUGUUUGGGAAGCCCGUGAAGUAAUAAAGAGGAAGAAAAGUUCUUUCAGUGUUCAUCUCAUAGCUUUACUCAUGGAUUUGGAGAUGAAAUUAAGAGGGCCCGAGGCCGUAUCUAAAAUGAUUUAUGACACUGUUGGAAACACUAGUGUUAUCAUCUCAAACAUGGUAGGGCCAGUGGAGAAGAUGACUUUGGCAAAUCAUUCAGUUAAUGGAUUCUAUUUCACCAUGACAGGUGGACCUCAGGAUAUAAACAUUACAAUUAUGAGUUAUGUGGAAGUGCUAAGGGUGACCAUGAAAACUCUAAAGGGAUUUAUAGAUGAAGAGAAACUAAAGUUAUGCAUGGAGAACGCAUUUGAAUUCAUAUUUACAGCUUCUAUGAACAUCUCUGAGAUAUCAACCAAAGAUUAA